UCCCGUCCUGGUCUGGCCGAUCCGUGCCGUGCCGUGCCGCGCCGCUGUGAGCUCCGCUUGCUCGCUCUCCAGUCGGCGCAGGCGCUGUGGCGUCUCGCAAAGCUGGAUAUUGAGUGUUUGCAUUGUGUCUGAACUGCCGGCGAGCUUUAAAAAAAAUAUUAUACCAAGAGCAGCAAUGUCGGGCAGGUCGGUCCGCGCGGAGACCAGGAGCAGAGCGAAAGAUGACAUCAAGCGGGUGAUGGCCGCAAUUGAAAAAGUACGAAAAUGGGAGAAGAAAUGGGUGACUGUAGGCGACACAUCCCUCAGAAUCUACAAAUGGGUCCCGGUGACUGAACCAAAAACAGAAGAAAAGAACAAGAAUAAGAAAAAAAGCAAAGAUGACAAAUGUGGUUCUGAGGUCACGACACCGGAGAACAGUUCCUCGCCAGGCAUGAUGGAAAUGCAUGAUGAAAACAGCAACCAGAGCUCAAUUGCUGAUGGCUCUCCUAUCAAGCAAGAAAACAGUAAUAAUGCAAGCCCCGCCCCCGAACUGAUGCACUCAUCCCAAGGAGAGGGGAGCGAUUCUAAGUCCGAGGAAAGCCAAUUGCCUUCUAAGGAUCAGCUCAGCACAGAGGGCAAGAACAUUCACACAUCGGAAAGUGCAGUAGACUCCUUGGAGAAUGAAGAAGUGCAGAGUUUGGGGGAAAAUGAUUCCUCAACAGAAGUUGUGAAGAGUACUCAGGAAUCAGAUGGUGAAGGUCCACCUUUGAAAAAACUGAAAACAGACUCAUCCCAGCAAGACUUUGAAGAAAGCUAAAGUGGUGUUCAGGAUUUUCCAGUAGCACGUACCAAUUGGGUCUCCUUGAGGAUACUGUCAUUCUGCAAUCUUGCUUCUGCUGGCAAAAGUCUACCCUUCAUGAUAACGAGCUCCAGUCCCGUUCAUCACGCAGAAGGCAAGACUUACGAGACACUGAACUUGACCUGUGAAAUAGAUGAUGUUGAAUUGUAACUUUUUAAAAGGUUUAUUUAAUUUUAUUUUAUAUUUUUUUUUUUCUUUUCUGUGAAAUGGGUUGAUAUUCUCAGGAGGGUCUACGCACUGUUUUUAAAUGUCAAGAUCACAGUUUUUGCUGCUGUAUUUUUAUUUUUUAUUUUUUGUUUGUGUGUAUUAUGUUGUUUAUUUAACAAAAUAGUACUUAAAAGGUACAGGUCACAUAUUUUAUGUUUUCAUGUGCAGCCCAUAGAUUUAUAGGGCAGUUUCUGCUGCAUUACGUGCCUUGUGUUUCAAAAAAAAAAAACAGUGCAAAGUUGUUUUAUUUUAUUUUUUGUAUUCCAGUCCAUUGAUUUCCUUUUACUUUUAUAAUCUCCACUGCCCUUUCAUUCCUAAUGGUAUGCUUUGAAAAUUAAAUAUUUGGACCUUUGCAAGUAAUAUAACUGUGGGGUAAUAGAGAAUAUUUUUUCCACAUUAUGUUAGAUUAGUAACAAGGUAGACAGGCAGUCUACAGGUGUUAAAAGCUCUUUUGUUGAUUUAUUCAACUUACUGUGUGAUUUCUCAUAACCCAGAAAUCUUUGUUAGAAAUGGCGAGUGGUGUGUUGAACUAUGUCAAGAUGCAAACUUUCACAUUAGACUCAAUUGCAUUAGCAUCUAACCCUUCAGCUAGUCCUUGUUAAAUAUCUUCAUUACCUGUGUUAUUCUUGUCAUUCUCCAAAGACAUUCCCAUAGGAAAAGUAAAUAAAAAAAAUAACAGACUGCAUCUUACAAAUACAGAUAUGAGCUAUGGGAUAUAUUAUUGGGUUUUUUAAUGAAAUGGAUGCCAGUAGUAAUAUAUCUGACAUCAGUCCCCCCGCACUGGAGGUUUUGCUUAUGUUACACAGCUGCUUGUUUGGGGAUUUUCAUUUUAAAAGUAUAUAUUUUUUUUAAAUCUGUAUAUUUAGAUUCUUUGUAUAGUUUUAGUAAUUGGGGGAGGAGGUGGGAGGGUCAGGUGGAGGACUCAUUCCACUUGUAAGUCUCCAUGCUGAAUAUCAACUUACACAAUGCAUCAGCAGCAGCUUCUGAGAAUAAGUUAACUGAUGAGAUGGACAGGGGUGAUGAA